UGAUGGUUAGAGCAUUUAUAAAAAAGUUGAUUUUAUGUAAAUAAAAAUAUUAUUAUAUCAUUUAAACCAUUGUUUUCUUCUAUCUCUUGAAUAAUAUCUAAUUUGAUCUUUGAUUAUUCCUAAAUAUAAGUUUUUUUGGAUUCCUUACUUUUCUAGAAAAUAGGGGUUUCAGAUCUUCAAUCUUUUGAAUGCGUUGGAAAGGUCUUUCAAAUACCUUUCUAACAAUAUAUAGCAUUUCUCACAAAAAUCACCCUUUUUUAUAAUAUUUCAAACUCUAGCCAAAUCGUAUUUUUUGCAUAACUUCUGAAGUACUUUUCUAAACUUCAUAAUAUUAACUAGGGUCUUGUGGGACCCCAAGACGAGUUGAGUUUUAUGUAAAUAAAAAUAUUAUUAUAUCAUUUAAACCAUUGUUUUCUUCCAUCUCUUGAAUAAUAUCUAAUUUGAUCUUUGAUUAUUCCUAAAUAUAAGUUAUUUUGGAUUCCUUACUUUUCCAGAAAAUAUCUAAAAUUUAGGCAUUUAUGCCUAGAAUUUAGUAAUAAUCAAGGUCCGCCAUCUUGAAUUAUACCAGAAUAUCAGUAAUUUUGGAUCCCUUACUUUUUCCAGAAAAUACCUCAAAUUUAGGUAUUUAUUCUUAGAAAUAAGGAAUAUUCGUGGUCCGCCAUCUUGGAUUAUACCUAAAUAUCAGUAAUUUCGGAUCCCUCACUUUUCCAGAAAAUACUUCAAAUUUAGGUAUUUAUGCCUAGAAAUUAGGAAUAAUCGUUGUCCACCAUCUUGGAUUCUUCCUGAAUAUAAAUAAUUUUUGAUCUCUCACUUUUCUAGAAAAUACCUGAAUUUUAGGUUUUUAUGCCUAGAAUUUAGUAAUAAUCAUGGUCCGCCAUCUUGGAUUAUACCUAAAAAUAAGUUAUUUUGGAUCCCUGACUUUCCCAGAAAAUACCUGAAUUUUAGGUUUUUAUGCCUAGAAUUUAGUAAUAAUCAUGGUCCGCCAUCUUGGAUUAUACCUAAAAAUAAGUUAUUUUGGAUCCCUGACUUUUCCAGAAAAUACCUGAAUUUUAGGUUUUUAUGCCUAGAAUUUAGUAAUAAUCAUGGACCGUCAUCUUGAAUUAUACCUAAAAAUAAGUUAUUUUGUGUAGCAGGCCUUGACCUGCACAGCUGAUGCAAGUCAGUUCAAUCCCGACCACCAAGCAAGUCGGAUGCAAAUAAACAGUUUUUCCGCUACAACUAAACUGUCUUUUAGUAGCCUAGCAACGGCUCUAACAAUUGGCGACGAGGAGAAGAAAAAAUUUUCUCGGAAAAGUUCUCGAAGCUACCAACCCUCAAGAAGUCAUCAAGAUGACCGAUCCGGACUUGAAGAACGCGAUUUUGCGGCUGACGGACAUAUUGGCCAAGCAGCAGGAGACCCUCGAACGGUUGCAGAACCCGGGUCAUCCAGCUGGCGGCGCAGAACGGAUCGUCGAGUCGCUGGCAAGCGGAAUUCAAGAGUUCCAGUACGAUCCGGAUGCCGGAGUCUUCUUUGAUGGCUGGUACGGGAGGUACGAGGACGUUUUCACCAAGGACGGCAAGGACCUCGACGACCCCGCUCGAGUGAGGUUGCUUCUACGGAAGCUCAGCACGCCCGUCCACGAAAAGUACACCAACACGGUUCUUCCCAACCAUCCCCGGGAUUUCACGCUGGCGCAGACCGUCGCGAAGCUCAAGAAGCUCUUCGGCCGGCAGAAAUCCGUUUUCCACGCCCGUUACCAGUGCUUGCAGUACGCCAAGAACGACGCGGAUGACUUCACGACGUAUGCUGCCACGGUGAACAAACACUGUGAAGCGUUCCAGCUCUCCAAGCUUUCCUCGGACCAGUUCAAAGCGCUCCGGUUCGUCUGUGGACUCCAAUCGCCACGGGACGCGGACAUACGAGCCCGACUGAUCUCCAAGCUUGAAGCCGACGAAACCGCAGCUGUCGAAGCAGCCGCAGCAGGCGCUGCCGCCGGCGACGCUGGCGCAGCAGGCGUUGCUGCCCGCAGCAGGGUGACCCUGGAGAACCUCGUGGAAGAGUGCCACCGUGUGGCCAACCUGAAGCAGGACACGCUGAUGGUGGAGAACAAGGAUGCACGCAACGUCAACAUUGUGUCUCGCAACCAGAAGAAGCCUGCCUCGCAGGGGAAACCAAAAACCCCGAAAACGCCCUGUUGGAAGUGCGGGGACAACCACUACGUUCGUGAGUGUCCGUUCGCUUCGCACACCUGUUCCAGAUGCAAGCAACAAGGACACAAAGAGGGCUAUUGCUCCAACAACAAGCCCACCACCUCGAAGCAGACGAAGCCCAAGGAGAACGUGAGGUCGAAAGGUAUCUUCACGGUCUGCAACAUCGGAAGCAAGCGUAAGUUCGUUCCGGUCGAGCUCAACGGCACAGCAGUCAAGCUCCAGCACGACUCGGCGUCCGACAUCACCAUCAUUUCGCAAGAAACAUGGACCAGCAUCGGACAGCCAGCCGCUCGACCCACCGACGAAUCUGCUGUCACGGCUUCCGGAAGCAGCCUCAACCUUCUCGCCGAGUUCCAGACUGAGAUCACCAUCGGAGGCGUCACCAAGCGUGGACGCAUCUUCAUCUCGGACAGCGCCGAACUCAAUGUCCUUGGCAUCGAGACGAUGGAUCUUUUCGAUCUGUGGUCUAUUCCGAUCAACAACUUGGUCAACGCCGUGCACCAACGCCCCGACCAAGUCAUCGAGCAACUCAAGCAGCAGUUUCCGGAGGUGUUCCGAAGCACGCUGGGUAGAUGCACCAAAGCGCAGGUGAAGCUGUACCUCAAGCCCGACGCACGUCCAACCUACUGCCCGAAGCGACCAGUGGCGUACGCCGCUCUUCCGAAGGUGGACGCAGAACUGCAGCGGCUCCAGGACAACGGUAUCAUCUCGCCAGUUCAAUUCUCGGACUGGGCAGCUCCGAUAGUCGUCGUGCGCAAGGCGGACAACGUUUCCGUCAGGAUUUGCGGUGACUAUUCGACGGGGCUGAACAACGCGCUGGAAUCUGACCGUCACCCGCUGCCUCACCCCGACGACCUCUUCGCGGAACUGGCUGGCGCACACUUCUUCACACAUCUCGAUUUGUCUGACGCCUACCUCCAGGUCGAGGUCGAAGAGGAAUCGCGCAAGCUGCUCACCGUGAACACGCAUCGUGGCCUCUUCCAGUACAACCGACUGCCGCCUGGAGUCAAGCCGGCGCCUGGAGCCUUCCAGCGCAUCACCAACAGCAUGGUUGCCGGCAUUCCUGGAGUCAAAACGUACCUGGACGACAUCCUCAUCGCUGGCCGCACCAGAGAGGAUCACGAUCGCAGUCUUCGCGCUGUUCUCGAGCGCGUGCGUGAGUAUGGCUUUCACUUACGCAUCGAAAAGUGCCGUUUCGCCUUGCCACAGAUCAAGUUCCUCGGACACAUCGUGGACAAAGAUGGCAUUCGGCCCGAUCCAUCCAAGACGGAGGCCAUCGCCCAGAUGCAGCCGCCGAAGGAUGUCCAGCAGCUGAGGUCCUACCUCGGCGCAAUCAACUACUACGGACGGUUCGUGAAGCAGAUGAAGCAGCUCCGGGCUCCCCUGGACAACCUGCUCAAGAAGGACGCACCCUGGCGCUGGUCCGCAGAAUGCCAGAAAUCGUUCGAGCAGUUUAAGGCCAUCCUGCUUUCCGAUCUGCUGCUCACCCACUAUGACCCGUCCAAGGAGAUCGUUGUCGCAGCAGAUGCAUCGAAGUACGGCCUCGGCGCCGUCAUCAUGCACCGAUUUCCGUCCGGUGAGGUGAAGGCCAUCGCGCACGCCUCUCGCUCACUGACGCCGGCGGAGAUGAACUACGGACAAGUGGAGAAGGAAGCCCUGGCCCUGGUUUUCGCUGUCACGCGAUUCCACAAGAUGCUGUACGGACGCCACUUCCUCCUGCAAACCGAUCAUCAACCGCUGCUCAAGGUAUUCGGCUCGAAGAAAGGCAUUCCUGUCUACACGGCGAAUCGUCUUCAACGCUGGGCCUUGACGUUCCUGCUGUACGACUUCGACAUUCAGCACGUUUCGACGACGGCUUUCGGCUACGCUGAUUUCCUCUCCCGGCUGAUGUCAUCCCAAAGCCGGCCAGACGAGGAUUACGUGAUUGCCGCCGUCUACGUCGAAUCCGAAGCCAGAGCCAUCCUCGACGACUCAAUCAGCAAUCUUCCAGUCACUCACAAGAUGAUCGUGGCUGAGACGCGAAAGGAUCCAGUUCUCCAGCAAGUGGUGAGUUUCCUCAACGAAGGUUGGCCAGCGAGCGCCAAGCUGAUUGCUGACCCUGACGUCAGAAAGUUCUUCGCUCGUCGCGAUGGACUCCAAGUCGUCGACGACUGUGUGAUGUUCGGCGAUCGGAUCGUCGUGCCCCUCAAGUUCCGCAAACGGAUCAUUCGCCAACUGCAUCGCGGACAUCCAGGGAUGGACCGCAUGAAGUCUCUGACCCGCAGCUACGUUUACUGGCCGAACGUAGACGACGAUGUGGUGCAGUUUAUUCGCCAGUGCAAACCGUGCGCAGCUGCAGCGAAAUCCCCGACGAAGGCGACCCUCGAGUCGUGGCCUCUCCCGGACAGGCCGUGGCAACGUGUCCACAUCGACUACGCUGGACCAGUCGAUGGUUACUACUACUUCGUCAUCGUGGAUGCCUACUCCAAGUGGCCCGAGAUCUUCCGCACUCGUGCCAUAACCGCAACUGCAACCCUGGACAUUAGCCUGUCCCAUUUUGAGGUCAUGUCGAGGAAUUUCAGGUGCUCACUUCUUAAAUGAUAGAUUAUGAUGUUA